AUGACCGAGAAAGAUUUUUAUAAAAAAGCCGCUAUAUAUUGGGCUAAUGUGCCGGCAACAAUAGAUGGAGUACUCGGUGGCUUUGGUAGCUUCUCUGACAUUGACAUUGAUGAAUCUAGGGCGUUUUUAAACAAAGUGCUAAGUUCCGCUAAUCCGCCGGCCACAAAACUGGCUCUCGAUUGCGGGGCUGGUAUUGGGCGGGUAACAAAACACUUGCUAAUUCAUUAUUUCGAUAAAAUAGAUCUCGUGGAACCGGAUUUAAAGUUCAUUACCGAAGCUAAGAUUAAUAUCGGUGAUGACGUUACGAAGCUAGGAACCCUGUACCAGACUGGACUUCAAAACUUUAGACCGCACAAAAACUAUGACGUUAUCUGGUGCCAAUGGGUUCUUGGACAUUUAAAUGACUCCGAUCUCAUAAAGUUCUUAAACCAAAGCAAAGAAGCACUAUCCAAAAAUGGUUUAAUAAUUAUUAAAGAAAAUAUAACAACAUCUAAAGAAGUUGAAUACGACGAAGAUGAUUCAUCCGUGACACGACCACUUGAACUGAUGACGAAAAUUUUUGAUCAAGUUAACCUUCGAAUAAUUCAUUCCGAUAUACAGUUGCUGUAUUUACUUUGA